AUGACGACAAGAUCCCCUCCCAAACCAUACUCGUCUAACGCGGACUUAAGCACUUCGAAUGAAGUAAUGUCGAAUGUUUCUAUAAGAAAAAGAAAACAACCGGACAAUGAAAUUCUAUACGAAAUUAAAAACAUGCAGGCGAACUUCACACAGGUUUUACAAGACUUUCGGCGGGACCUGGAUAUUAAGUUUGAAAAUAUUUCAGAUAGUAUUCAAACAAUUAGAAGUGACCUAGAAAACUACCAGUCACAAAUAAAGAAGGAUAUCGAUGAUCUUCGGUACGAAAAUAGUGCCAUGAAACAAAAAGUAGAAAAUCUCACUAAAGAAAUAUCGGGCUUGCAGGAAUCAACGCGGUUUAUUUCUAAUCAACAUGAUGAACUUGGAAAGUGCGUCAGCAAGAUCUCAGGUUGUAAUAAGUCUGUGGAUGACCACGAACAAACCAUUAGGUCUCUUACGUCAAAGAUGGAUGGACUGGAGCAGCAGGCCAGACAGUGCAAUAUAGAAAUAUCCAAUUUGCCUGAAAGGCGCGAUGAAAAUUUGCUGAAUAUAAUUGAAUGCAUUGGCACGAAAAUAGGAUGUACCAUUAAUCGCCGAGAGAUUGUAUCCAUUCACCGCGUACCUCAUGCUUCUCAGACCAGCAAACCAAAGAACGUCAUAGUGAAGCUCACUUCACGUAUAAUGCGUGAUAAUAUCCUUGGCGCUUACCGUAUUAAGAAAGGGAUAACAUCUACUAAACUGGGACUGUCGGGUGCCACGCAUAUUAUAUAUCUUAACGAACACCUUACUCUGCGUAAUAAACAGCUUUUUCGAAUUGCGCGAGAAGCGGCAAAUCAGGCCAAUUUCAGAUAUGUUUUGGUUAAACACUCUACAAUCCUGGUACGCGCAUCUGACAACUCGCCUGUCAUCCCUAUACGCACAGAACAAGAUAUUAAGAAGAUUAAUAAUAAUACCAAUAAUUAA